AAGUCAUUACAGUUUCAACGCUCGUUGCGAAAACGACAGCAACUCCGAAAAAAAAGCUACAAAAUAAUAUUUAUAAAGAAAGUUUUUCCAGCGAGUGUGAACGGGAAAUUGUGCGAAAAAUUCAGCAAAGGCCAACUAUUAUUGGGACAUCAGUGGGAGGACGGAUCUGCCAUAUUAACAACUUGAUCUGCCGAUCUCCCUGGUCUGCCUAGUCUGGAAAUCAUCUACAUAUAUCUCGCUAUCGGUAUCCCCGAAGACCCCGAGUGUCAACAAGCCGCCACAAGCUGGGGCAAAACUGCAAAACGAACCGACAAAUGAAUCGUGCAAACAGCCCAGAUUGUGACUGAGGCUGAGACUGAUUCGGGGCUUAUUUAAAGGCCGGCUACCCACUGUCUGUCAAUCAGAACAAUCCAAGCUGCCAGAGGCAGCAGAUCGCGAGUGAAAUACUUAUACCAGAAAGAAGAAAGCAUCUUUAGCUUAUCGUGAAGCGAACGAGCUGAGACAAUAAAUAAAUUAAAUACCGGUGUGGAAAAUGGUCGACACCUUGUAAACACUACUUACUUCGCUUUAACGCUUUAUUGCACCUCAGUUAAAGUUUAUUUUCUGCAUUAUUGUGUGCAGUAUUGUGAUAUUUCAACGCCUGCCUGCACCACCUGCAGCGUCGUAAUCAAUUUGUUUUAACACUUUGUGUUAAACUAAAACAAAAGCCAUCGUAAGCUUUAGCCAAUAAAAAAACGAAAAUGUCUGCGUCAAAGGAGGCCAUUUGUGCGAGUACAGAAAAGGAUCUGGAAAAGCCAGCAUUAGGAUGCUUUGCCACCCGGUACUUUGUGACGUUCAUGCUGUUCCUGGGCAUGGCCAAUGCCUAUGUGAUGAGGACCAACAUGUCCGUGGCCAUUGUGGCGAUGGUGAACCACACGGCCAUCAAAACUGGUGAGGAAGUCUACGACGACGAGUGCGGAGAUCGUGAUAUUCCAAUUGACGAUUCUCAGGACGGCGAAUUUGCCUGGAACUCGGCUCUGCAGGGCUAUAUCCUGUCCUCCUUCUUCUACGGCUACGUCAUCACCCAGAUUCCCUUCGGUAUUCUGGCCAAGAAGUACGGCUCCCUGCGCUUCCUGGGCUACGGCAUGUUGAUCAACUCGGUGUUCGCCUUCCUGGUGCCGGUGGCUGCCCGCGAGGGUGGAGUCUGGGGUCUGUGUGCCGUGCGUUUUAUCCAGGGUCUCGGCGAGGGUCCUAUUGUGCCCUGCACCCACGCCCUGCUAGCCAAGUGGAUCCCGCCCAAUGAGAGGUCUCGUAUGGGUGCCGCCGUCUACGCUGGAGCCCAGUUUGGAACCAUUAUCUCCAUGCCUCUUUCCGGUCUCCUGGCGGAAUACGGUUUCGAUGGAGGCUGGCCCUCGAUCUUCUAUGUGUUUGGUAUUGUCGGAACUGUGUGGUCCAUUGCCUUCCUUAUCUUUGUAUACGAGGAUCCCACAACUCAUCCCAAGAUUGAUGAGCGCGAGAAGAAGUACAUCAACGAUUCUCUAUGGGGCACUGAUGUUGUCAAGAGUCCUCCAAUUCCCUUCAGGUCCAUUGUCAAGUCGCUGCCCUUCUACGCCAUUCUGUUCGCCCACAUGGGUCACAACUACGGCUAUGAGACUCUGAUGACUGAGCUGCCCACUUACAUGAAACAGGUGCUCCGCUUCUCCCUGAAAUCCAAUGGCCUGCUCAGCUCCCUGCCCUACCUGGCCAUGUGGCUCUUCUCUAUGUUCAUCUCGGUGAUUGCCGACUGGAUGAUCAGCUCCAAGAGAUUCUCCCACACGGCCACCAGGAAACUGAUCAACAGUAUCGGCCAGUAUGGUCCCGGCCUGGCCCUGAUCGCCGCCUCCUACACGGGCUGCGACCGCGCUCUGACUUUGGCCAUCCUGACCAUCGGCGUGGGCCUGAACGGAGGCAUCUACUCCGGCUUCAAGAUCAAUCACUUGGACCUCACCCCGCGUUUCGCCGGCUUCCUGAUGGCCAUCACGAAUUGCUUGGCCAACUUGGCGGGUCUGUUGGCGCCGAUUGCGGCCGGCAACCUGAUCUCCGAUCCCAGCAAGCCUGUGAUGGGUCAGUGGCAGAUCGUGUUCUUUAUCGCCGCCUUUGUGUAUAUCAUCUGCGGUACGUUCUACAACAUCUUUGGCUCCGGCGAGCGCCAGUACUGGGACAAUCCCUCCGAGGACGAGCAGAAGCCAGCCCUGGAGGCCAGCAGCGCUACCAACCCACCAAGGCUGAGCAACGGCAAUUCGGCGCCACGGGCCAUCUCCAGCUCCUAAGCUCUCCGGCCGUAGUAUUAGCUGUAGUCGUCCGUUAUUGCACUAUCUUUAAUAUGAAUGUUUAGUUUAGAUAUUGUUUUAGUUUCCUACCUAUAGAUAUUAAGCCAAAAGUUGUUGUAUCGAUAGUUAGCCAUUGAUCUAUUCCUAUGCCUGUAGCGAUCCGCAGAAUAAAAGACACAUAGUUCCCAAUUGUAACUGAAAUGUAAACUCACAAAAGAACCACACACAACCCAAACCAAAUCGAGCACAAAUCGUCAAGCCUUAGUUAAGAGGAUCGAGGUCUACCAUUCUGAAUGCGUAGCUUUCUUAUCUUAUUGUGAUAGAGACAGAAAUUAGUUUUCUCACUGAUGUGUUUUGAAACGAAAUGAUCCGCUCAAGCGACCAUUGCAAAGAAAGCAACCAAAUGUAUGAAAACCAAUAAAAAAAACUAUAGCCUAAGUAUA